ACAACCAACCCGCACUUGGUUGUGCCCCGUGGUGUCAGGUAGCCUUGUAAUCAACCGGGUAUGUUUGAAACGUCUACAGGAUAGUGUUGUUUUAAAUGACACGCAGUGUCUAGAUGCACAGCUACUUUGUCACAGGGGUUUCUUUGGCUCUCGCAGUCACGCCUACUAUUGCAUCGAGUCCCGUUGUAGAAACAAAGAAACGGUUUUGCAGGCGUAGUAGUUGAAGUUUGUCGCAUUAUAUUUCCGUUAGUUGUAAACCAGACGAAAUCACGCUUAGUUUACAAAUGAACGGGUGCAGCUACGUGAGCUUUUUGUUGCUGUGUACUUACUGUGUGCAUGGGAAGCCUACCUUAAGGAAAGAGAGGGUCCACCAUGAUCCCGAAUUGAGCAGACAACCUCAUGAGGAUAACCAUAGCUAUCAGUAUGAUCAUGAGGCCUUCUUAGGCAAAGAGGAGGCCACUACAUUUGACCAGCUGACACCAGAGGAGAGCAAGGAAAGAUUAGGGAAGAUAGUUGACCGAAUUGACAGCGAUGGAAAUGGUUACAUUACAACAGAUGAACUCAAUGCCUGGAUCAAGAGGGUCCAGAAGCGCUAUGUCUAUGAAAAUGUGGCCAAAGUGUGGUCCGACUACGACCUGAACAAGGACAACAAAAUCUCCUGGGAGGAGUACAAACAGUCAACGUAUGGCUACUACCUGGCCAACCCUGAUGAGUUUGAAGAUGAUAAAGACCAGUUCAGCUUUAAGAAGAUGCUCCCGCGAGACGAGAGGAGGUUUAAGGCAGCCGAUCUGGACGGUGACCUGGUGGCUGGACGAGACGAGUUCACUGCCUUCCUGCACCCCGAGGAGUUUGAUCACAUGAAGGAGAUAGUGGUCCUGGAAACCCUGGAGGACAUUGAUAAAAAUGGGGAUGGCUAUGUGGACGAGGAUGAAUAUAUUGCUGACAUGUUUGCCCAUGAGGAGGGAGGCCCUGAACCUGACUGGGUCAGAACCGAACGGGACCAGUUCUCGGACUUCCGUGACCUGAACAAGGAUGGGAAGAUGGACACGAAUGAGAUUCAGCACUGGAUCCUCCCGCAGGACUACGACCACGCGCUGGCUGAAGCCAGACACCUGGUAUACGAGUCAGACACAGACAAGGACCAGAUGCUCACCAAGCAGGAGAUCCUGGAGAACUGGAACAUGUUUGUGGGCAGCCAGGCCACCAACUACGGGGAGGACCUGACCAGGGACCGCGACGAGCUGUGAGCACUGCGGAGAAGGGUCGCAGGACACUGGAGGACCCCCCACACACACACACAUCGUGCCUGCUUGUGUGCACCUCUGUUUCGGGAGACUCUCACGGGCAGCUCUGGUGACGCGUCCACACAUAUAUAUAUAUAUAUAUAUAUAUACACACACACCACCACACACUUUUCGGCACUGCAUAAUAUGGGACUCCGAGAGACAAACGACUGGGAGACCCCCCCCUGAUGGCAGGGCUACCUCAGAGCUACCACCGAGAGCAGCCUCUCCAUCUCCCCACACCUGCCUGCCUGGAUCAGGGACCAUCCCGGCUGUAGAUGUGUAGACAGAUAGUGUGCGUGCUAGGGUGUGUGUGUGCGUGUGUAUGUGUGUGUGUAUGCCACUUUUCCUACUGCCCACCAGACCGCUCCUCUGAAUUCAUUCAUCAUAUAAAACCAGGUGUUUUGCCAUUGUUGCUGUUAUUGCAGAGUGAUCCAAAUAUUUCAACUUCCAAAGCGACCCUUUAUUCCCCACUGUUAUUUUUCAUAUUUCCCUUGUAUGUCUGUUGUAGGUAUGAAUUGUUUGAAGUAUAAGUGAGAUGUAUGUCA